AUGUUCUGUCACCCCUCCCUCUCCUCCCCCGGUCCAGAGGGGGGUAACUUCCGCAGUGUGCUGGACAAGGCAGUGCAGGCGGACCAGGUGGUCAGGGAGCGUUACAAUACACACUGUGAGAUGAUCGCUCUGCUCUGUAAACCAGAGGCUGAACUCACUGCUGCCAUACCAUCAGCCAAUCCUGUGAAGACACUGCAGGGCAGCGAGGUGGUGAGUGUGUUGCGUUCCCAGCUGGCCCAGCUAGAGGAAGUGAAGAAGGAGAGGGAGGGGUUGGAGGUGGAGAUUAAGGGCGUGGCCUUUGACAUGUCCUCCAGCUUCCUGACGGCUCUGGCUCAGGACGGGGCCAUCAAUGAGGAGGCACUGUCAAUGAGCCAGCUGGACCAAUCAUAUGGCAGCUACAGCCAGAGGGUUCAGGCCAGCCUCCGUUCUCAGGAAGAACUGCUGGGCAAAGUGCAGGCGUCUCACCAGGAGUUCUCCAAGCUGAAGCAGUCCAACUCGGAGGCUAAUGAUCGUGAGGAGGUGUUGAAGAAGCUGGCCUCAGCCCAUGACAGCUACGUAGAGAUCACCAGCAACCUCCGAGAGGGCACCAAGUUCUACAACGACCUGACAGAGAUCCUGCUGAAGUUCCAGAACAAGUGCAGUGACAUCAUCUUCGCGCGCAAGACAGAACGGGACGAACUGCUCAAGGACUUGCAGCAGAGCAUCGCCAGGGAGCCCAGCGCCCCGUCCUUUAAUGUCCCCGCCUACCAGACUAACCCUGCUCCCACUGCCGCCGACCCAACCCCUGCUCCCAGGACUGUCUUUCAGCCCCAGGUGAAGGCCCAGCCGCCCCAGCGGCCCCCUCCCCCUGCCUUCACCCCCCAGGCUGCCUCCGCACCUGGUAACCCUCCAGACAACCAGCCUCAACCAGCAAACCCCCCACCCAUGGCCCCUCCCUCACAGGCACAGGGACCGCCUUACCCCACCUACCAGGGAUACCCAGGGUAUGCCUACCAGAUGCCCAUGGGUUAUAACCCGUAUGCAGCGUACGGCCAGUACAACAUGCCCCCCGCUAUGCAGCCUAACAUGCAGCCCUACGUCCCCUAUCAGCAGGCCCCAGCACCCGGACAGGGGGGCUUCCCCGGGACCCCCCCCACACAGCAGCACCCCUACACCUACCAACAGCAGCCCCAGCACCCACCACAUCAACCAUACUACCCACAACAAUAACUACUGUGUAAACUCUAUCAUUCCCUCUCUUCUCCCUUUUCAGCCCUUCUACCCCUCCCCUCUGCUAUCCAUCCUCCAACUGGCAGCACAAACCAUGAUACUAACCUCUGCAAUACAUUCUCUCUCUCCCUCCUUCCCUCCC